AUGAUGAUAUUCAUCAAUUUGAGCGAAGUUGUUCAUUUUACUUAUGAAUAUGAGCAAGACCAAUCGGAUGAAAUCUACUGGUGUUCUUUACCCCUGCCAGAGGAGGUUGAGCACGUGGUAUACUCCAGCGGAGAGAAGAAGGGACGGAGAAAACGUGGAAGAAAACAUUGUAUUUAUAAACAUAUCCCGCAUAGUGAGAAACCUCCUCAUGUGGUGGAGAAACGUAAUGCUAGAGAACGAAGACGAGUGGAAGCAGUGAACUCGGCAUUUGUGAGAUUACGGCGCGCAGUCCCAAUAGAGAAUAAACGCGGCAAAAGAGUCAGCAAGGUAAAAGUUCUACAAAAAGCAAUUGACUACAUAACUUCACUACGGAGCAUGAUUAGCGUUCAUGAUGGGGUUGAACUGGAGGAGAGUAUUGCGAUGCAAGAUGUUGUCUUCGCUUUCUAGAGGAGGGUAUAGCAAUGCAAGAUGUCGUCUUCGCUUAAUAGAGGAGAGCAUAGCGAUGCAAGAUGUCGUCUUCACUUUCUAGAGGAGAGUACAGCGACGCAAGAUGUCGUCUUCACUUUCUAGAGGAGAGUAAAGCGAUGCAAGAUGUCGUCUUUGUUUUCUAUAGUAUUGCGAUGCAAGAUGUCGUCUUUGCUUUUUUAAGGAGAGUAUAUCGAUGCAAGAUGUCGUCUUCGCUUUCUAGAGGAGAGCAAAGCGAUGCAAGAUGUCGUCUUCACUUUCUAGAGGAAGGUAAAGCAAUGCAAGAUGUCGUCUUUGCUUUCUAGAGUAUAAAUGCAAGAUGUUCUCUUCGCUUUCUAGAGGAGAGCAUAGCGAUGCAAGAUGUCGUCUUCACUUUCUAGAGAAAAGUUAAGCGAUGCAAAAUGUCGUCUUUGCUUUCUAGAGUAUAGCAAUGCAAGAUGUCGUCUUUGCUUUCGAGCGUAUUGCGAUGCAAGAUGUCGUCCUUGCUUUAUAGAAGAGAGUAAAGCUAUGCAAGAUGUUAUCUUCACUUUCUAGUCAAAACUUAGUCUGAAAGUUUUAAGAAGGACUAGGGAAAAAAUAAAUUUGUCAAUAAAAUAUAAAAUAUUAA